UCCUCUUCGACCAUGCUUCGGACGCUGCGGCUGGUGCGCCGACCCGCGACGGCGAGCUUCGCCUCGAGCGCCAUGUCGUACAAGAUGUCGCUGGCAACGCAAGAGCAGUACGCCAACGUAGCCCAUGCGCUGCACGAACUCACAGCCGCAACCUCCGACUACACCUGCCCCCCGCGCGGCGUCUUCCUCGUGCCCAACGAAGCGCCGUGGCCGGCCGAAGCCCGCGGUCGCGAGCUCUACUUUAGCCACUUCCGCAUGGCGUACCGGCGCAACCAUUUGGCGCUUGACAUUGUUGCGACCAUGGACGACAUUCGCUUCGUCUGGAACCCGUGGGCGCAUCGGUGGCUGCUGACGCUGGCGGCGCUUGACACCUUCAAGGCGCUGCAUGGUCAUCUUCUUGUGCCGAGCCUGUAUGUGAUUCCGCACAGCGCGCCGUAUCCGCGAGACGUAUGGGGCCUGCAGCUCGGGUACGCCGUCGACAAUCUUCGACGACGGUCCAUGUCGGCCGACCGGCGCGACGAUCUUGAUGCGAUGGGCUUUGUGUGGGACCACCCCGAGCACGCGUGGCGCCUCAAGGUCGACGCCGUCGUCCACUAUUACGCCCUGCAUGGUCACACGGCCAUCGACAAGGACUAUGUCGUGCCGCAAGAUGAUGCGUGGCCGACCGCCAUGCACGGUCUCAAGCUCGGACAGCAUGUCGGCUACAUGCGCUCGCGCAAGCACGAAGCCAGCGACAAGGACAAGGCCACAUUGGCGCACACGGACUUUGAGUGGGACCCGCGAGCAUCGGCAUGGCGCCUCAAGCUCGCCGCCCUGACGACGUACGUCCGCCUGUAUGGCCAUUCGCGCAUUGCCCACCGCUUUGUGGUGCCGGUGGGCGACACCGAGUGGCCGCAAGAGACGUGGGGGCUGGCGCUCGGCGUGGCCAUGCCGUACGUACGCCGACAGACGCAGCCGGACCGCAUUGCCGCACUGGACGCGCUCAAUGUCAAGCGCACUGACGUCCCACCUGCGUAAGGACUUUAGUAACGAAUACUAGAUCUGGAUAUUCGACUGGAUCGAGGUUACGAAGCGCAACCUCGUGCGCGCACUGACUGCUACUGCUAGUAGUACAUCUGAAAUGGGUGAAGUCGAAGUACAUAUCCACCACAGUGGAAAGUGGA